AUGGCUUCUAACCCGGGCCUCGUCAACCCUAUCCUCCACCCCUUCAUCUUUCUCUUCCAGGUCUUUCAAUGGCUCACCGACAAACUCCUCUCGCCCAAAGCGCCCAGCGAAAACGCAAAUCUGGGUCACAAUAGGCCUAAGAUUGCAGUUAUUGGAGCUGGUAUCACGGGUGUUACUUCUGCAGCGCAUUGUAUCGGUCAUGGCUUCGAUGUUGUGAUCUUCGAAGCUGGGUCAAAGGAUAAUGUUGGCGGUAUCUGGAGUCGCGUCAAUGAAACUUCUGGUCUUCAAAUCCAUUCACUAAUGUAUCGUUUUCAUCCUUCUGUUCAAUGGGACAGAGGAUAUCCUGAUCGUCAGCAAAUUGUCAGUCAGGUCAGGCAACUCUGGGAACGCUACGGCCUCAAAGAAAGAACGCGCUUCAACACCAAAAUUGAGAAAGUCUACCAGGAUGAGCAGGGCAGAUGGAUUGUGAAUAAUCCUGCUUUGGGUCGUUUUGGUGGUGUUAUUGCUGCGGUCGGAACUUGUGGUGCGCCCAAGAUGCCAAAGAUUCCUGGCAUGGAUAACUUUAAGGGUCCGAUUUAUCACUCUAGUGAUUUGACUGGAAAGGAUGUCAAGGGUAAGAAAAUGGCUAUUAUUGGCGGCGGUGCCUCUGCAGUUGAAUCACUCGAAUUCGCUUUUGGAGAAGAUGCCGCCAAAGUGAGUAUUCUCUCCCGCUCAGACAAGUGGAUUAUUCCUCGCAAUGUGUUCGUCGACGCUCUUCUCAGCUUCAACAUUUUCGGCCACGAGACUAUUCUUUCUUUCAUCCCCGAGUUUUUUCUCCGCAAGUUCUUCUACAGAGAUCUCGAGAAUAUCGCCCCAGAUAAGAGCCAAGGCUUGUUCAUGGAGACUCCAAUGGUGAAUUCGGAAGUUAUGGAUAAGCUACGAGAGGGUAAGGCAGAAUGGGUCCGCUGCGAUAUCGAUGAGUUCGUCGAUAACGGUGUUCGUGUUAAUCGACGUGCGAAGGGUGUACCGCAGGGUGGACCAGGUCACGAGGAAGUCAUCGACGCAGACAUCGUCGUGAUGGCAACAGGUUUUAAACGACCUUCCCUCUCCUUCCUUCCAAACGAUUGCUUCAAAGAACCUUACUCAGCACCAAACUGGUAUCUCCAGACCUUCCCACCAGCACACCCCUCCGUGUCAGCCAUAAACUGCACAUACGUCAAUGCCAUCGGCACAGUAGGAAACUGGCACAUCGGCAUCUACACACGAAUUCUUCUCAUGUUUCUCAUGGAUCCUUUCUCCAGGCCUAGUCCGUUCUGGAUGCAGCGCUGGAUCGACAUGACCAAGACUCUCAAACUAAGCAGUCCAACUGGUGCUUUUGACUUUUUUACGUACCUGGAGCUUGUUUGGUGGUUUUUCUUUUGUGUGGUUAUCAACCCUUUUCGAUGGAAGUGGGCUAUCUUUGUGUUUUUUGGUGUUGGGUUUGGAUUGCCCAAGGCUGUUGUGAGUCAGGAGGGGAGAAUUACUAAUGGGAAUGGAUAUCAUGCCAGAGAUGAAGGACGAAGUCUGUAA